GUUCCUUUCAAAGACACGGUUGGCAGACACCUGAGACAGCCUGCAAUGGUCGCACCAAUUGAUACCACCAAUAAUGCAGGGUCCAUCAUGCAACCAUUGCAAGGUUUCCAGGGCCACAACCGCAUUCUGUGGACGUACUUCUGGUUAGCUUCUUGCGUCUGCAUUGAAGGGCAAUCUGGGAGAAGCAUUCUGCAUUCUGCACAGGAUUUUCAUCAGAAGUGAAGUUGACAAAUGCCACAAAGGAGUAAAACUUUGAAGCGCAUCAGAAAGUACCAGCGGUAGGAUGGUCACACUCACACUCCACUCCGCAUCGGGGUUCAGAGAAGAUGGUAGGGGGACAGUUGACGACUGAAGACAUCACCAAGAAGCACUGGAUGCCUCUGGAGGCGGUGCACAGAUGCGUCAAUCCUGGCUGUGGAGUCAGUCUUGCUGAUUCAAGCAGCAAGUAUCACUGCUUCUCCUGUGGAAACAUCUUCUGUCUGAAGUGUGCUUCUCAUUUCAUGCCGCUCGAUCCGGGUACAGCUCAGUUUACCAGUGGUGGCAUCCCAGCCCGAGUGUGCUCCCUUUGUCUGGAGAAGGGGAAAGAAACAGAGGCGCCCGCCGAGUCACUGGUCGGGUGGCCUUUGUCAAACACAAAACUUGAGAGCUCCGGGGGUGGCAAACCUGUGAGCCCACCAUUUUGGCAGCAGCAGAAAAAAGCCACCAGCUCCUCUGAGGUGAUUGUCGGGGAGGACCCCUGUCCACAGAUGGCUUUUAGCCACGGAGAACUUCCGGAAGCGCCAUCAAAGAACGCCGAGGAAAAAAGUGAGCCCUCGGUCCAGAGUCCACCUGCUGAUGGUGCUGUCACCCCCCCUGAGUCACAUGUGACUGCUGGCGAUGAGGAGAGGGGGAAGAGUGGACUCAGAGAGAGGGGGGCUUCCACCGUGGGGGCUGUGACUCUCGAGGGCUUCUCCUUUAAGGACGGGGUGUCUCAGGAUAGACCAGAGUCCAGGCGCCCCUCGAUUGCAGCUGAACCCAGUAAAACGACUGGCUCACAAAUCCGAGGCCCCAGUGAAAAAGCCAACCCCCCGCUGUUCACGGAAGCAGCGAGUGCGCCCCUCGUUUCAGAGGGCAGUGCCGAGAGAGGGGCGGUCAACUCGAGCCGAGCUGCAGCCCUCGACCGGGCAGCUUCUAAGCAAGGGAAAAAAGGGAAGACGCGGGUGGUUGAUCUGUAUGACGAGCUGCUUGUCGGUGACACGGGUAGUCAAGCUGGGAGGGAGUCUGAAGGCGGAGAAAGCGAUUUGCAGGGCGGCGAUGCGGCCGGACCAGCCCAGGGGAGUAAAGGCGGUACUGGUUUGCCGCCCACUCGUGCCAGCAGUCUCAGGGCUGCUCUCUCUUCUGAAAUGAGCGCGGGGCCACCCUCUUCCGCGCGGCUACAGCGGACCUCUACACAAACUAGCGGCAGCGGCAGGUGGUUGUGGGGCGGCCUGCUCGGCAAGGCGCCCAAGGUCGAUCCGCAGGUUUUAGAGACCAAGCUGUCCAACAUGACAUCAGAAAUCCAGGCACUUCGAGGGGAGGUGACGACAGCCGAGGAGCAAGCAGUGACUGUUCAAGCAGCGCUGGACCACCUGGACGGCCUUCUGCGGUCAGCAGCCCUGGCCGAGUACCUCGUCAUCAGAAUGCGCUGGCAGAGCGACACGUCGAACGGCCUGCCGUCUGCAGGCCUUGACGAGGGGAGUUUCGACGGAGAUUGGCUGCAGCGCUUCCUAGUCCUGGAGGACGACACGCUCUCAUACUACUUCCGCGCCACAGAUCCGCGGCCCCAGGGCACCAUCCCGCUGUCGCAGGUUGUCGAGGCAGGCCCGCUGACGUCAGCCGGCCCGGGUGGAGCCGAGGAAGCUGCUGUGCACGGCUUCUACGUGGCCACGUGUCACGGCCUCCAGCUGCAGUGCGCGAGCGCUAACAAGUUCAAGUGCCGAACGAGGACAGGUUUACCGAGAUCCCGAGUAUGCUACACGAUGUUACAAAGUGGAGCUCUGGCUCACAACGAUCAGCGAGGUGAUGUGCCAGAUCAAGCCGAGCGACUGAUUGCGAUGGCCAGCUCAGCACAGUCAAUAAGAGGACAGCAAGUGGACGAACAGCAUUGGCACGAAAGAAUCUUCCUCUUCCGAUUAUAG